AUGUAGGAGUGCGCCCCCUAGCGGUCACCCGCAGCACUCAGCGAUAAGUGACACUCUGGGAGGGGAAGCAGAACAAACUGUAAGCUGCUGGCGGAUCCAUCUUGCUCGAAAAAGAGACGAGGGUGAAAGCUUUUUUCCAGUUUAGUACCUAGAAGACUGCGUCGAUCCCUGUUAAUCGCGCUGGGGAGCCCGAGGAGGGGCUGUGUCUCUGUUUGUAGGAUGUCCCGACAUGAGGGUGAGCUGAUAAACAGGUCCACACACAGCAGCGCCUUAGCUGCUGGCUACAUUACCUGAGCAGCUAGCUCCCGAGCUAGCUCUGCUAAGUGCUUAUUCGAGUCAAGGGGGUGGGGGGUGUUGCGUUAUUUUACGGCUUGUUUCAGGGCUGUCUCGUACCAAACACAAAUGUUAAUAGGACCUAAUGUGCGUGUAUUUCUCUAACGCCCUUUAAUUUGAGGCAAACAGCUGCAACAUGUCUGCAAUGAUACGGCAACAUUGCGGGGCUUAGCAGUUAGCCGUUGCUAGGUGCUGCGUUACCUUACGGUUAGCUGUGCUAGCGGAGAGGCUAAUGAAUGCCAACACAAGGAGCCGCUGGUCUUGCUUGCUACGAAUAAAUGUUUCUCUCACCCUUAUUAACCGAAAUGUAUGAAAUUUGAAAAUGCCAGCUCUGUCUAUUAUUGUUCCAUAUUUUAUCUGCUAAAAACCAAUAGCUCUGGUGUUAGCGCCACACUGUCUCGUUUAGUCACAUAUCACUAAUGUUGUUAGCGAUUGCACUGUCAUCAAGAAGAAGACAGAAAGUCUGAGGCCUCUGACUCUAAACCAGUCUCUAAGUUUAAGCCAGCCGGCAGGUUACUUGCCAGCAGGGGUUGAGACAUUGUUUAAACUGUAAACCAGAUGGGACUGUGGAUCUGGUUCACUUCAGACUCCUCCAAGCAGGCCAGACAUGGGCUCAUACUGUUUUAAAUGUAUGAAAAGUUACCUUACAGAGCCAUUAUGAUUAAAAUACUGUCAGAUGUCUCCUGUUGGAUGAUUUAAUACUUCAGUUAGGUCCCUCACCCUUUUAAACAACCUAGGCUGUGUUGAACUUUGCCCCCAAGGCGAAGACACUAGAAACUCCUUAUGCAAAUUGGUCUUGUGUUCACUCAGAAAGGUGCUCGAUUUUGUAGACUUUUGUGGUGAUACUGUUCCCGUUUUUGCAUUGAUAAACCAUAAAUGGACUCACAGAGGAGAUGAUCAUGUAUUUCAAGUUGAUAUGUUUUUACCUGAUUUGGAAAAGACUUAAUUUAAUAUUGCUGCCUCUUUGUGGCCUUUAUAAGCGAACCAUAUAAUUGCUAAAACACCUUGUAAUUUCUGUAUUGUAGUUGUACAUAAAUGGUACUUUUAAGACAUCAGAUAACUCGGCAGAGGAAAUUCCGUCAGUCCUCGCUUAAAUACGACACUGUAUUGGCCAAUUUAAGGGACUUUUUUCCCUUUGAGGAAGGAGUCAUUACAUUGUCUUAAAUGGUAACUGUGAUAAUAGUGUCUCAUAGAAAAUACCUGACUAUGUGCUGGAAUAGUUCAAACAUGAAUCAUUUCACAGUAAUCAUGGAGUAGAGAGUGGAUAAGUGGAGAAACGCCAAACAAUUCAAUGUGGUGAUUACAGUUGUAACUUACUUGGAAACACUACAAAUGCCUUCUUUCCAUUUUCUCCUUUUUGGUGUAUGUUGAUGUAGAAAAUUGCCACCUGAAUAUGUGGCUAUAAAUGAGCAGCAAACUCUGUAAUAACUCUCAGAUGUUUUGAUGUUUGUGGUCUACCUCUGAACUGUGAGACCUUGCUUGUGAACUUCAAUGGAAUGCCAAAGUUCUUCAUUGCUGGCACUUGUGGGUUGGUGUCACUCCAAAACACAUGCUUGUGUGAGACUGGCCUACAGAUAGAGGUUGCUUUCUCCCUGUUGGUCCAGCAAACGCAUUUAUAAGGAAUUUGUGACAGUAUUGUCAGGCCUGUGUGUUUGACUUUCCUUUUCUCUCCUUCACAGGUGUGAGCUGUGAUGCGUGUUUAAAAGGGAACUUUAGAGGAAGACGAUUCAAGUGUUUAAUUUGCUACGACUACGACCUGUGUGCAUCGUGCUACGAGAGUGGAGCCACGACAACGAGGCACACAACAGAGCACCCCAUGCAGUGUAUAUUAACCAGAGUAGACUAUGGUAAGGAACUGAUGUAGAGCCAAGAGGAAAAGGAGUGUGAUUGUACUCAAAGUAAUGGUGCCCGUGUGAUUUAUGGGCACAGUAGUGUGAAGGUUUGGUGCUUGGUUUUUAGUACUCAGAGGUUGAAAAUAGGUUGAAAAUAACAUUCAGAUCAUCACGUUAUUUGGUAGGUUUUUAAGCUAUCGUUAGGGUUAGGUAUCAUUUGACUUCGAACGAUUCCGAUUACUUGUUUCAAUUCCGAUUCUCUAUUUCAAUUCUCUAUUCCGAUUCUUUUAGAAGGCAGGCUAUUGAAAACAAAAUGCAUGGUUUAAAUGAGGGUGCUAACAGGAGUUCCUCUUUUUGGAUGAAAUUUCUGAACUUCUCCAUGAAUUUUUAAAUUAUAUGAACUUUUUAAGAACUUAACUAUGAAUUUCCCACAUGGCUAUUUUCAACCAGUAUAUAAAUGUCAAUUUUUAUUGUCAGAUCGUUUGUCAAUUGCCGAUGUUAGCAGAAGACAGAAGUCAUUUACUGUUUCUCUUAGCUGAUUCUGGCUGGUUAGCGGAAGACCGGUGUUGUGUCGUAGAAUGCAUCCCCUCCACUCACUAGCUUCCUAAAGUGGAAGACAGUGAUCUCAUAAUAAAAAAAGUGUGAGUAUUAGAUCAUGACAACAUGUCAAAUGGAGCAGCAAACAUUCGUUUUGUUUUUAUGUGUUUCAAAAAUGCACACAAAGAGGUGUACUUGGGUAUGUAAAUUGUACAGUGAACUGUCAAGGUAGAGAACAUUAUAUUUUCGGGACAGCAAAUAGUCAUAGUCAGAGGGCUAUUGUUUUCAGCUUAUCUGAAUAGUCGAAUGAAAUCUUUAAAGGCACACACUUGAGAAUCCGUCAAAUGGUAAAGAAAACUUGGAUUAUUUCACUUUGUUGAAUACUUGCAACCGCGCUCCCGUUAGGGGUGCAUUCUAGGACACAACACCUGUUCUGUUGUAACACCGGCGAAGCGCAUCAAAGACGGGGCACCCAGGUAUUUCUCCUCUAUGAAUCCUGAGGUGUUUAAUCAUGUUGGUCGUUUACCCUCCUUUGCAUGAUAUAAUUGUGUUGCUAAUGUUGCACUGAGAGAAGAGUUCAUUCUUCUCGCUAAAGUUAGCCAAACUUUUGACCGCAGCCGCUGUGGGCUGCAAUGCACUCUCUCUCUCUGUCUCUCUUCUCUCUCUAUGAGGCUUCGUCUCAUACACUUCGUCCUCGUUGGUGUUUAGCGCCGUCUUCCUCGUUGGUGUUCGGUGGCUAUUUCUUCUGGUCGGCGGACUCCGGCAUCGAAAUUUGGAAUCGAAAUUUUAAAAUUUGAACGAUUCCGGGAGAAUCGGAAUGUCAGUCCGGGUCCCAUCAAUGCUCGGGACUCGAUACCCAACGCUACUCUUAACAGAUUAGUACAUAAAGAUGUAGAUUCUGUAAAUUGGAGAAAUAAUAGGAAAAGCGUGAAUAUAUUUUCUAUUAAGUGAGCCAUAGUGAGGUGUCCAUGUGUCUGCUGUUGAACUGAGACGUACAGUAUUCAAACAGGCGCUAUCCCGGGGGAUCCUGGAAGGUAUGAUGAACCACAGGAAGACAACCUUAACGUUGCAGAUGUUGAUAGACGAUGAUUGCAGAUGGUUUCUUAGGUUUUUCUUGCAAUGCUGGGGUCAUGCAGUGUGAGAACACAGUUUUGACAUAAGUCCAUGUCUAUGAAAGUUUUCAGAUAAAAUUUGCUUUCUAGAGUUCUGUUUUGCAAAUGCAUCAUUUCACAUCAAUGAACUGGACUGGGUCACUGGCUGUUGACAGCGUUGGUCACUAAUCAGGCUGACAGGGACAAAUACACAGGACCAUUUUAGCCAUAUUUUCAUAUCAUGAUCACUGAACUCAUUACAAUCAGUUGUUUGAUUUCACAUUCAUCAUGUCUCCAGUCAUGAUUAGUGUAAUAAACAAAGUGCACUCAUGUAAUGAAGCUACAACAUUUGUGACGAAAGGGUUGAUGGUAACAAAUGUUUUUUGUUGACUGUCUUUUGCAGACUUGUAUUAUGGUGGAGACACUUUUUCAGUAGAGCAACCCCAGUCUUUCACAUGUCCUUACUGUGGCAAAAUGGGCUUCACAGAGACGUCCUUGCAGGAACAUGUCACCUCUGAACAUGCAGAGACUUCCACAGAAGUGGUGAGUAUACGGCACACGUCACAGCCCACGCAAACACAAUGCAAUAAUAGCACUACUGUCUCUUAAAACCAGGAUUUUCAGCUACAUGCAGUGAUGGCUUUAGUGACACUUAUAAAGGCAUGAUUUACUUUGGCCACAAGUUUUCAAAUCACUUUUAAAAAGUGAUCUUUACAUGCUGUUUAAUACUUGAAUAAUGAGCAAAGUUUGACCAAUAUUCACAGUAUUAAAGACGCUCAUAGAGCCAAGAGCUCAAGUUUAGGAUUGAUUAUUUUUUCUCGUGUUCAUGUGUGCCAGCAUCUUUUGUAAACUCUGUGCUUCACACAGCAAAAAUGACUUCCAGAAUGUACACACAGAUUUAUGGAUUAGCUGUUGUCACGGCAGGAUUUUUAUGAGUUGUUCGCUGCUAAAUAAGCUGAGUAAAACAAAACAGAGUCAGGCUGCUGCUGACACCUGCCUGCCUGCCUGCAAGGCUAGCAGGAACACUGUCAGACGACAGCAGCUCCACCAGCACUGAUUGUAAAAGAAACCCAUGUAGAGGCCAGGAAGUUGCAUCUCUGCUGCAGAUGACCACAGCUUGCAUUAUUUUUGCCUGAACUACUAAACCCACGAGCAGCUCAAAAUAACAAACAUGUCUAAUGUUAAGAGGAGGAAACUGCCAAAACCUGUAUCUGUGUUUUUUUAAGCAAAUUUUCAAAAGCAUACAUGUUCAGGCUAGGGAUUAAAAAUGGGAAAAUACAGUCUGUAAACAGCGGCUCUGCAGUCACAGAGUCAGUAAAAUACUUGUACAAAAGUGAGUGAUAUGUGCUGCUUGAAGGAACUUUUUUUUUUUAAAAACAUUCACAUAAAAAUUUGCUCAGUGUGCAGUUUUACUCUUUCGGAAGGCAAAGAGUUUUAUUAACAGCUGAGAACAAUACGUCUGAGCAAUUGUUUGGGACUAUUUUCAGCAGUGGAUGAAUUCUCAUCUGGCUUAAUAAUGAGUAUUUGUAGCAGCAGGAUGGAGAAUGUCGGAUUGACUCAAAAGAAAGGACACUGGCUGUUUUUCUUUGUAACUGUAAAUCAACACGUCACUCAGUGCACAAUGUGACUCAUUCAUGGGUUGUUGUUUUUUUUUUUUUUUCUGUUUUCUUUCUCUUUUUUUUGUAGCCGUUAGACUACAAUAGACUUUUAUGGCCCAGAGGAAUGAGAUGUGUCAGGGAUUAUCCGCACAGACUGAACUUUUUUCCAGAGAUCAGUUGAUUGUAGUUAAAGAAGAAUGAAAAAUGACAUCAUCUCUGUCUGUAGAAAACAGUGAGAAGCAGCACAUACUUCCCCUUUUUCUAAUUUAUAGUUGAAUCCAACUGUUCUUUUCCAUCACUGCUGUGAUUUGCUUUCCUUUACAAAAUGUCAGGUAGCAAUGUGUGGGCGCUACUUUCUUUCCCACAGCCCACAUUUGUGUAUUCAAUUUUCAUUUUUUUGUCUGUAAAAUAAUUGACUAGUUUUAUAUCCAUCUAAUGCCAAUUCAGAGCUUUUUAAAACGCUCGAUGGAAGUAAAUUCUGCCCAUGCAAAACGAGCGAGGGUUCUGUCCCCCGCUGAAACAGUCUCCAGAGAAAACAUACUUUUACGACGGCUCCUUUUUGAUGUACCGAUUGCUGGGAUGCUUCUUUAUAGCAGAAGAUGCUCAUUUCCAUGUUGUUUUGUGAUGUUGAGUGAAAGAACAUCGUCCUCAAACAUAAACCUGUCACUCUGUCUCAUUCCAGAUCUGUCCAAUAUGUGCUGCCUUGCCAGGAGGGGAUCCCAACCACGUCACAGACGACUUCACAGCUCACCUCACACUUGAACACAGAGCGCCAAGAGAUUUAAUAUCCUUUCUCCCGCUCUACAUUCUACAUAAACUUGCGUUUAUUGUUUUAAAUGUAUAAAAAUAUUGAUACACAUUUGAACAGCAUCGACCCUUAACUGCGUGUUUCUACGAUGAGUCCAGCAGUGUUCGACAUGUACGCAGGAUGUUCCACCCUGGUCGAGGGCUGGGGGGUCCCAGAGCACGACGGACAAAUAUGCACUUUACUAGCGGUUCAACGGGAGGACUGUCAUCCUCCUCGUCACAGAGCUCCACUUACACCCCCAGUAACAGAGAGGCAAUGGACCCCAUUGCAGGUAAGAGUCAGGAGUAUAAAGCGGAUAUGACGCACUCUGUGAUUUGUCUAAUGACACAACGGCCCAGGGAGAGACAGUGUGCACACGCAUACAGACAGAAGUGCAGUCCUGAAAUUAAAGAGGCCCAAAUUUUGAAUUUGGGUGUGCUGUAAAAGUCAUUCUGAGAGACGUGAUGAAGAGGAGAGUAGUUCUGUAGUAAUUAUCACCCUCCUAUCAAUUUACUGAGACAUGUGUGAGGGGAUUUCUACAGGUAGGGCUGAUUUGAUUUAUUGAUUCAUUUUAUAGUUAGUCAUUUAAUAAGCCUGUGCGCACGGCCAACUUUCUCAAUAUGCACUGCAAGUGUCACAUUGCUGCCAUUGUUACCUCUGUGUUUUCCAGUAUUUUUUGUAAAAACUCACUGACUCCUGUGCCGUAAAAUGCAAGUUUUCAUCUUGGGCUGCUAGCCGAGUGUCCCACCAAUGACCCACGGACACAUUUCUCAUGCUUGAUAAAAAGCAAAGAAGAGAGUUUCUGGAUUGUACAGGAUAAAGUCAGAUGCAGAACUAUUUUAUCAGGACCAAUAACAGGAACAAGUCAUCAGCUGUAAUGAGAUGACAAGAUGGCUGUUGUGUAGACGGUUGCUACGUAUGGUAAUACCUGUAUUAAGGUAGAAAGUGGAUGUAAAAUACACAUAGGAGCUUCGUUUGUCAAUGAGCUUAACAGUACUUUUAGUGCCAACCAAUCAUGUUCCAGCACCAACAACUCCUGGUUUUUGAUACCCAUCCUUAAACAAAGAUGGGUUCUGCUAAACACAGACACUUAAUCUAGUUCAUACCACUGUACAUUUCACUCUAUUGUUUCCAUCAGCAAAGUUCAACUCAGUAUCAUUACUUAACUUGUCUUAACACAAGUUUUUGCUAUAUUUUUUCUGUGUCCUCUGUCCAAAUGAAUCUGGGAUCGCGAGAUGUGAAUUUUUAAUAUCUUUAUUCUCUCAAUAUUUUCUUCUUUCAGGAAUUUUUUUUCUUUUUUCAGAUAACUAAACUAACAAAACCGAAUCUUCUGUUACCCUCUAAGCCUAACAUCAAGCUGUUAUUUAUUGUAUCACAUCAGUUGCUUGCUCGCUUACUUAGAUCAAGUUGACGUACUUGUGUUUUUCGCCUCCUUUUUCUUCCAGACUUCUAUGCAAUGUUGUCUUUUAAAAUCAUGGGUUAUUCAGAAAACAGCUGACGAUGAGUCCCGUUUGCAUCUCCCGCAGAGUUGUUGUCUCAGCUGUCAGGUGUGCGGCGUGCGGCCGGGGGGCAGAUAAACUCAUCGGGGCCUUCAGCCUCUCAGCUCCAGCAGCUCCAGAUGCAGUUGCAGUUGGAGCGGCAGCAGGCCCAAGCAGCACGACAGCAAGUGGAGACAGGCCGGCACGCCACGCGACGCAGCAACAACCCCGGUAACACUGGCACCACCAUCCCUCCACCCAGCACAGCAACCGCCAACACUGCCACUGCGGGCGAAAGCAACCCCUCAUCCUCGUCUCACAGCUCCCAGUUCCUAUUAGCACGGUGAGUGGGGCUAGUUGCUCAUGUUUAAUCUUUACCAAUUUCAUCGAGUUUAAAUAAAAAAUAGUUUUACACCUGAAGGCCAGCAUCGCUCGUGAAGAGAGCGAGCAAAGGGAAGGUUUGAUCUAUAAUCUUAGACAUUGUUGAAUAUGACCAUUUCUACUAGGGCCCGACUGAUAUGGAUUUUUUUGGGCCGAUACCGAUUAUUAGGAGGAUUAUUACCGAUUUAUUACCGAUCGGCCUAUUUUUAACAUUUUUUUAUGACGUUAUACAGAAUAUACAUGUAUGUCAGUGGCGGCUGCUGGUCUUUCAAGGAGGGGAAGCUCAUUUUUCUGGCCUACAUCAUAAUUGUAUUUGUUUAUUAGUAUGUAACAGAACAGAGUCGCCAAACACAACAGCAGUCGUUUUUAACAAAGACAAAAGUCGCUGAGGAUCGGUAAAGUCUCUGGAGUAGUUAAGAACAACGGAAUGAAUGACUUGGAAAAUGCUCUGGUAGAUGUUUUAUUCUUCAAGAUCGCUGAUUCGCUUGUUUAGCUGUCAAUCAAAAAAGGAUUUCGCCUCAGACAGCUCAUCCAAUCAUGAAUGCAGAAGCUUGGAGUCCGGGAGAAAGUCGGGACCGCCCUCUCCCCAUAGAACUCCAGUGAAGCUGGGCUUCCAUUGGGCGGGACAAAGCCCAGCAUUUAUCCAAUGAGCGUCUAGUUUCGCUGCUGGAACAACCCACUUUAAGCUUCCACAUUGAAGUCAGCAGAAGCCCAGCGUCCGAUUGUUUGAAGCGCUGAGGCGCUGCGAGGAUGAAUGAGAACGAAGUUAUGCCGGUUACCUGUGGUUAUCAGCUUCUUAUCACAGUGUCUGAACAAAAGUUGAAGACUUUCUAGUGCGUAUUUAGUUAAUGAAAUGUACACACAGCCGUACGUAUUUCACCACUUUUUCUUUUUUUUGGGGGGGUGACAUUUUAAGGGAAGCCGAGCUUCCCUUGCAGUCUUAGAGCAAUCGCCACUGAUGUAUGUACACUACAGGCUAAAAGUUUGGAAGCAAGGCCAUUACAGGCCGAACAGUUGGGAGUAACUUCAAGUUUUUGUUCACAAUGCUUUCUUAAAAUCCAGCACGAGUUUUAUUUAUUUUGGGAUGUAUUUGCUCCAUGAUCAGAUGUUGCUUUCAUGGAAAUGCACCAUUUUACUCCAUUUACCUUUAGAUAUACAUUGAUGUUAACAGACCACUGCUAAAUGUAUGUCAGCAAAAGAUAAUAAGGGCUUAGUUUUAGGGUUGAAAACAUUUGCAAGAGUCACAACUUCAGUGCAAACGCAAAAAAACAAAUCACAGUUGGAUUAUUCACUUCAGCUUUUUGGCUUUUGAGAGUCUGCAUACAAAAAUCCUAAUAAAUCUCAACUGCGUUCAAACUAUCGCAAAAAUGGCAAGAAAGAAGCAACUGAGUAAAGAAACAAAAGUACAGAUUUGUACAUUGAGGAAAGAAGGAUACACAGAAAGAGAAAACUGCAAAACACCUAAUGGUGUCUAACAAAGGAGUCCACUACACUCUGAAGAGACUUGAGGGACCUGGAAGUUAUGAUGAUAGAAAAAGACCUGGACGAAAGAGUGUUACUACAAAAGCAGAGGAUAAACAUAGCAUCGUCACCAGUAAGAGAGAUCGGCAAAAGACAGCACCAAAAAUAAGGGAGGAAAUCAACAUGACAAGGUCGAAACCCAUAUCUCUGACAACAGACGUUUGAGAAAGGCUGGUCUGAAGGGUUGUGUAUCUGCAAAAAAAAACACUACCUCAUCCACAGAAGUAGAAAAAUAGAUAUGAGUGGGCAAAAGCUCACAAAAUUGGACUUAUGAUGACUAGAAACAAGUUUGCACUGUUUGGUUCAAAACGCAGAGUCGGUGUCCGCAGACAAACUGGUGAACGUCUGAAAGCACCAUGUGUUACACCCACAAUUCAGCAUGGAGGUGGUAGUUCCAUGGUAUGGAGAUAUUUUUCAGGUGAUGGAGUUGGAGCUUUGUUUGAAGUAAAGAGUAUCAUGAAGAAGGAACAGUACCACUCCAUCCUCCAGCACCAUGCUGUUCCAUCUGGACUCAGACUUGUGGGUCAAAAGUUAGUUUUGCAGCAAGACAAUGACCCUAAGCACUCUGCCAAGCUCUUUCAGGGUUACCUAGACAAAAAAAGAAGAGGAAGGUGUUCUUCAAAAGAUGGUUUGGCCCCCUCAGUCUCCAGACCUCUCUCCAAUUGAGAAUUGGAUCGAUCGGUCAGAAAAACUAGUCCCACGAAUUAGCAGUCUCCUUUUAAUGAACUUAAGAAAGCUUGAAAUGCAAUCCCUGGAACAUACCUUGAAAAACUUGUGGAACGAAUGCCUGGUAUAUGCCAAGCUGUUGUUAAAGCCAGAGGAGGUUACUUUAAAGAAAGCAAAGUCUAAGCAACAAUAACUCAAAUACCUAAUAAUUAGUAGUGUUAAUAGUCAUGUUUAUUGUGUUUCAAAUUAUAUAUAUGAAACUAUGAUCUUUUUUUGUACAAAUCUGAUCUUGCUUCCAAACUUUUGGCCUGUGUAUAUAUAUAUAUAUAUAUAUAUAUAUAUGGUAUCUACAGUAUACUGUAGAUAUACUGUAGGCUACUGCUCUUCACGCUGACAGAAAAAAACAACUGAUCAAAUCGGACCAGAAAAGCGUUUUCACACACACCCCCUCUCCCCCGAUCGGUGCCUCCGCGUCUUAACUCACGUUACUCAUGUCUGGUCCGGUCUCAUGUGUAGACAUGCUGCUGCCUCAGUAAGAGAAGUAGCUCGAUCACGUAAUGUGUACUGUUGUUUAUUCUACCGUUACUGGCACGGCUAACAGUGUAGCAAGCUUAAUAGCAGAUGGCUAACUCUAACUGUAGCUUGCAUAUUACAUGGUGCUUCACCGUUAACUCAGCAUGACUGAGACCGGAACAGCAGGGAACAUUCGAAGUGGGUUGAACUGAAACUUGUUGACAUAUUGUGUAUUUCACAAACUGGUUUAUUUACUCCUCCAUGCGUCCCUGAGCUGCCUGUUUUAGAUCCGUCACUCUGCUGUGCUGUGAGGUAGAUAGUGGAUGAAGAUUGUCAUGAGGUCACUGCGCCAUCUACAGGAUAAGUCGGGGAUGUUUUCAAAUGGCGGAACAUUUUUGAAGUGAAACCCAAUUGUAUUCUCUGCAUUUUAUUUAUGAAAAUAUCGGCGAAAAUUGGUGAGUUUUGGACGAUUACUGAUUAGUCUCAAAUGGGCUAAAAUUAGCUGAUUUAGUGGACUCACUGAUAAAUCCGUCGGGCCCUACUGCUGAUGCCAAGAUAUUUGAAGAAAAUGAUUGAUUUAAAACACUGUGAUUUAUGUCUUAGCCAUUGAGAACUAAAGACUUUCAUGAGAAAAGAAUUAGUGUAAUCAACUAAGACUCGGAGCGUUAAAGAGGUUCAACAAUGACAUCAGUAACAACAGCAAUUAAUGACUCUUAUCCCUAAUGGUAACAGUAUAUUCACAAAGAAUUGUACAUAAAUGUGGCGGCCAAUCUUUGAAUUCUAUCACGACUUUAACAGAACAUGUUGGCAGACUGAUGUUUGCUUGAGUGGAAAAAAAGUGCAAGUUAAAGAAGUGCUGUGUCUAAAUGUGUUUCAACAUAGGAGUAAAAUGACUGUUUUCUGCAGGUUGAAUGAACCGAAGAUGUCUGAAGCAGAGCGCCAGUUUCUAGAAGGAGAGCGCGCAGACCGCAGCCUGUUUGUCCAGGAGCUGCUCCUGUCCACACUGAUGCAUGAGGAGAGCUCCUCCUCGGAUGAGGACGAGCGCCGAGACUUCGCCGACUUUGGCGCCAUGGGCUGCGUGGAUAUCAUGCCUUUAGAUGUGGCACUGGAGAACCUCCAGCUCCGAGAGAGCAGCUCUACGGGGAAGGAGCCUCCACCGCCUCCUCUUUGAUGUCCGAGUAUCGAGCAGACUGUGUCCUCUCUGCUGCAACUGUCAGUGAUGGGCAGCAAACUGCAGCAGUCCCUCCUCCCUCCUCCCCCUCCUUCUCCUUCCUUCCUCCUCUGUUUUCUGAGUUUGUUUUUGGUGAUUGUAAUUUCAGGCCUGUCACCAUUUUUGUUACAUUGUAAACAAAAAUAAAUGAGAGCAAGUGGGAUAAAUGUGCGAGUGCGCUAAAGCAACUGAGUGAGCGAGCGAGAGAAGAGAAAUCUAUAAAUAUAUAUAAGAUAUAUAUGAAGUUGAUAAUCAAUCCACAUAACUUUUCUUUUCUUUAUCAGGUUAAUGUUACAGGCAGCUGUGGCACACCUUCGCUUCCUGUGACAUGCAAACGGCUCUCCGUAUAAAUACUCCACAUUCAAAAAGUCAAAGAGGGCGUAGUCUCCUCUGAUGAAGCUGCUGUGUGUGUUCAUGACUAUUACUAAAUAAAAAGUGCUUGGAUGGGUUACCAUUACUACUGCAUGCAGUUAUUUGCAGCGUGCAUGACUUUUAAUGACCCUGUUGUCAUUAAAACCCUUUUUUUUUUUUUUUUUUUUUAAAGAAAAGAUCCCAAAGCUUUCAAAUGUUUUUAAAAUGGUUAUCUCAGACGUGGUUAAGUCUUGAUAAUUGAGUACUUCACCAAAACUGACCUGCAGAAAUUUGACUCCAACAAUCUGUGUCAUUAGGUUUUCUUUAAACAAGGAGAGGAACAGUCGGGUUCAGCUGUAGCUUCAGAUGAAACACUGCAGUGUGCGUGAGUCUCAGCUCUGGAUUGCCUUUUCAUUCGCUGAAUGAAGACUGAGAGCAGAAGGAAAGUUUGUCUCCGAUUUCUCUUAGAUGUUAACGUUUAGUGAUCAGCUGUUUAGACACAGUAAACUUUAUAACUUAUAGAUAAGUCUAGACGCUCGACUUCGGUUUGUUUGUUGGUCUUUCUCACUCGUUUCUCUCAUGAGACCACAUGCUUUUGAUGGGUUGUUUGAUUCUUUUUUUGCAGGAUAACUGGAGCUCGAGACCUUCCACACUGCAGUUCUGUGUUUGCUCUUUUUGUUUGUUUGUUUGUUGUUUGAGAAGGUUUUCUUUUUUUUCUGCUAAGGUUAGCACUUUCUAUUUAUUCUUGUUUUUUCUUUCUAAUUCUUUUGAGCCUUUAAUCUGAAAAAAUGCCACCUUCAUGCCUAUACUUUUACCCUCUAUGUAAAAUACAAUGAGAUGUAUAUGGAUUUUGUGCGUUAACUUUCAUAAUGGUUCUAAGACAUGGGCAGACACUUUUUUUUAAAUCUGUAAAUUUAGAAUACAAUAAAUAUAAACUGCGCACAGCUUUUGAUGAAACCAAGAGACCAUCA